UUUUACUAACAGUAUAAAAACAAAGCGCGCACUCGCGCUGCUGGAUUAACUGCACUGGGACGUCCUGAAGCAGAAGGAUUAAACUCUGCAGCUAUGUCUGACACAUUACGAAGACUGGUAAACUCAUCUCCAUAUGGUGUUUUGCAGGACAAACUGGAAGCCUGGUACAAAGACUGCCAUGUGUUCUCUUGUGACCAGAACCUGAAUCGGUGCUGUGAGCUGGUGGAGCUCACUUCUAAAAUUCAGGGUCAAUUGUUCAUCAUACUCAACCUUACAGCACAGGAGGGGGGGCAUUAUGCAGGGGUUGACACACUGAAAUCUCGCCUGUUACCGUGGCUUGGCUCCUGCUUCACCAUAGCGGCUUCAUCCGUCUCCACAGAUACCAGCCUCAGCCUCAUUCAGGAGUCUGUGGAAAAAGAUCGGAAGAUCCGUGAACUGUCCUCUGCUCAUGAAAGUGACAUGCAGAACAUAGAAGAUCUGUUGUGCUCCACACGGAUUGAGUUGGGCUCCAUUAAACAGGAGCUUGCCGACACUCAGACUGAACUGGAUUCUACAAAGAAUAAAUCAGCAACCACCCUUUUGGCCACAGAAGAUGAAAUACUACAUCUAAAGGCAGAGUUGCGGGCAGCUCAAAAUCAGGUUGAUAUGUAUAAGAGAAAGCUUGAAGUACUGGAUGACUAUGAGAGGCAGGUCAGAAUCCUACAGGAUGAGGUCUCUUUCCUCACUGCUGAGAAAACCGUGCUGCAGGAGCGAUUAAUCAGGAGCUGUUCACCUAGUCCUCUUCCACGGCGGAGUCGCUCUGUUAGCCCUGUGAGGGGUGAGUCUCCUACACGCGCCCAACUCACCAGCUCCUCUCGGCAUGCCCGGUUGGUCUCCCGUUUCUCAGACUUGUAUGCCACAGAGAGACUGGAAUCCCAGAGUCUCCUGCGCAAAUACAUAGAUGACCUGGAAACAGUCCAGAAGAUAAUUUUCAUUGCUGUUGUGGAAUCAUUCCAGGCUGCUAAACUGGCCUAUCGGCAGUUUAAAAUACGUGUGAGGAAGACACUUUCCUCCUCUCACAUUGGUCCUGAGAGCCUGGAGGAUGCAGUGGUGGACUACAUAGUUAGAAAUCUGGACCUAUAUGAUGUGCAGACCAGUGUUAAUGAUGUGAUAAAUGCGAUGAACGUAAACCCGCGCAUCUCUUUCCCUCCGGAGGUGGAUUUUGUUCUGAUCAGCAGCUUCAUUAGGGAGGCGUGCCGAAUAGCCUUUGCCAUGCAAACUCUGGACCCUACACUAGACCUGGCCUUCAGCUCGGACGGAGAACUCUACAGUGAUGUGAAGUAUAGGCGCAGUUUUGACUCUGAGUUUACUGCUCCACUGGUGGCACAUCACGUGUGGCCUGCGCUGGUGGAGGGCGACACUGUCAUAUUGAAGGGAGAAGCAGUCACCAGGAGAGGAGCUCUGUGGAGAAGCAGGAGUCGUAGCUCCAGUCCUGUUCAUUCUCGCUCUCGCUCAGGAAGCCCCACCCGCACAUUUAUGCCCAGCCUUAGUCGAAGUCCCUCACCUGGACGUCUCUCAAGUAGUCGACUUUAAACUUCGAUGUCUGACCUCCACACUCUUUACACUGAAAAAGGACCACAUUUGCAUAAAAGCUAUGUUAUAUGUUAUCAACACAAUAAUUACAACAUAAAAUAUAUCUCAGCUUUAAAAUAUUACUUUCUAAGUGGUGAAGUACAAAAAUGGAAAAACAAGUAUCUUUACAAAUUACUCUGUACUUAUGAAGAUGUGAGUCACUUGUCAUUGAAGCAUAAAGCACUGUUUACAAGAAUAAACUCCACCCUAACAUUUCAUGAGUGGACUCCAAUAUUUUAUGGUCAUGGCACUUUGCCAUGAUUGGCUAGUUAAACCUUAAUGUGUUAGAUCAGCACCAUGGAUAUACAUUAUAAUAAUCAGAGAUUCAAAGUGGAGAGAGCACCUAUCUAGGUAUUAACUCAUUAUUUAAUAGAAGAAAAUGUGCUUGCUAAGUUGCUUUGCAACUGGGCUAGUGUUUUAAGGUGCUAUACUUUCAGUUUGUUUUUGUAUGCAGUGUAUUUUCGUAUAUUUGUGUAAUUUUUAUUUUAUUUUCUCUAAUGCUGGAAUGAUAUUAUAUAUAUGAUAUAUGAUAUAUUAUAUAUGAUAUAUAUCUAAAGGACAACAUUCUGUUGUCCUUUAGAUCUUAAAAAAAGUUACACCUGAUCAUCAGCACUUUUGUUCAUAUUCUCUGGAGAAAAGCAUUUAUUAGCUAUUUUGCAUUGAAAUCUGUACUGUAUUUCUGUCAUUACUUUUAAUGUAAGAGCUGAAUUUUCAUAAAUUGUUUCAUCUUUGUAGUUCAUUUUGACUAACAGUACUCAGCAUUUUUUUUUAUUUUUUAUAUAGCCAAUAAAAUAAUUUUCACAAGGCUGUAUUGUAUGCAACCAGUUUAAGGCCAUUAUUUUGGUUGGCUACUGUCAGUUUUAUUAUCUCAUAAUUUUGGUGCUAAAUGUUUGAGUUUACUUCCAUACUAAAGAAUGGUCUGCAUGUGUAUCUAACGGCAA